AUGGUGCGCAACCGCUCCAGCAGUCGCACGCGCAAGAUCUCGCCCGGCUGCCUCGCCAUCGCGUCGGCGCCCGCGCCGCGAGCCAAGUACAGGGAGAGCAACGCCUCUAGACUGAGACAAGAAAUAAAGGGCAUGACCGUGACUGGUAUUGUCCGACAGCAAGGGCCCCGAAGUAAAUCCUCGUCGCCAAGCAAGAUGUAUCCUCAGUCAAGUACCCCCAAACAAAACAGUGGCUGCGCAACUCCAAAGAAUCGUUGUCGCUCAGAUACGUCCCCAGAAAAAACUAUGGAUAUUAUAGCGUCACGUUUACAAAACAGUAGCAACGCGGCGGCUAGUAGGACUCGUAGCCGCCCAGAAGAAUCGCCAGAUAAGUCCUUAGAUCUCAUCGCCACACCUCGGUCUAUGAGCGAAACAUCGAACGCGAGCAGAGAGACGCAGGAUCGGAUCCGUUCUCUUAUGGCGAAAGCAUCCUCCGGUUACGUUGUUGAUACUCGUUCCAAAACGAUAAACACCGCUGUGCGCCAACCGGCUAGCGAAGAAGCUUUGAGCGUUGGAAGGAAGGCUGUUAACAAUACAUCUUCGAUAGGUAAGUGAAUUGUUUUGCAUUGU